AUGACGUUGUAUACUUAUACAGUUAGAUGGCCCUUGAAAGAUGAAAACAUUCAUUCUAUUCAAAUAACUGGCAAUUUUGACAACUGGUCGAGAUCAUUACCUACCAUUAAGCCGACCAAAGAAUAUUUGCAAGAAAUAAAAUUGGAAACCAGACAAGACGUUGUGUUCAAAUUUAUUAUUAAUGAUGAUCAAUGGAUUGUCAAUGAUCAAUUUAAAGUGACUCAUGAUGAGCACGGUAAUUCCAAUAAUAUUAUCUAUGCUGAUGAGUUGGUUGAAGAAGUUGAUGAAAAGGAUGUAAAGAACGUAACCGCCACUAGUGGACUCAAAGGUAAAGAGAUUCUACCAGAGCUGGGUACAUCAGGAACAACUAAUGUUUCGAAGCCUGAGGCUGAGGCUGAGUCUGCACCCAAACCAAUUGUUAAUCAAAAAAACAAUUUGGCCAAGGAUCUACCAGAACCAACUCUUCAGGAAGAACAACCUCAAAUUUUGGAAGAAAGUGGUAUUGAAGAUCAUGAAAGUUUUGUUGAACCAGUGGUAUCUCUGAAAUCCCCAUCGAAAUCAAUCAUUACUGAGGAGGAUAUUAUUUCUGAUAUUGAUUCACCUGGUGAUAAUGCACCUAAGAAGUCAAGCGAUCUCCCACAACCAUCAUCAAAUCAUCAGACAUUGAAUCAAGUUUUAACUCCGUCUUCAUCUUUUGCUGCUGUUUCAUCACCUCCACUUUCUUCUGAUUACGAACAUCUUGAUUUGAAACGCGACGAUCAAGAAACUGAAUACAACACUGCUGCUAAUUCUGGAAUCUCCACUGAGACCAAGGAAAACGAGAUAGUUAGUACAUUCCAAGAAAAUAAACCAGUCAAGCCGGUAUUGUUGCCCCAUGAUUCUGAAUCUACUCUUGAAAGAAGUGGUAGUGAAAACAAUGCAAACAACAAUAACUCACCUCGUAUUCCUGGACACUAUCCAUCUAGUCCUGAGCACAAAUCAUCAUCAACAGCCUCCUUACAGUCGGGCAAUAAUGUUGGUGAAAAUGACUCGCAAUACACGGGCAAGCGUGAGAGUUUGAUAUCCAGGUUGAGAAAUUUAUUUAGAUAA